CCGCCCCCCUACUGGAGGCUCUCCCGCUGGAGUUUGCCACACUUCUCGGUCCUCAAGCCCCCCGGUUCUCCUUUCCCCAUCUGAUUGCAUACGGCAGCCCAGCCUGGGAGGAGAUGGUGCCAGCACCUGGGUUAAUCUAGUAGUCGGCUUCCAGCUCCCUCGCACCCUCCUCCUCGUCCUCUUCCUCUUUUACCUCCUGCUGGUGCUGCUGCUGGGAACCCCGGCGUGUGGGAGUAUAAAACUCUCUGCCUCUCCGAGGACACUGGGUUUAUGACCAUUGAACAGAACUUGCCCGUUUUUUAACCCCCUUCCCCCCCGGAACGACUGGAUAAUGUCCACCCCGAGCAGAUUCAAGAAGGACAAAGAGAUCAUAGCGGAGUAUGAAAGUCAAGUCAAAGAAAUUCGAGCUCAGCUGAUAGAGCAGCAGAAAUGCCUGGAGCAGCAGACAGAGAUGCGGGUACAGCUCCUGCAGGACCUGCAAGAUUUCUUCCGCAAAAAAGCUGAAAUUGAGACAGAGUAUUCCCGCAACCUGGAAAAGUUAGCAGAGAGAUUCAUGGCCAAAACAAGAAGCACAAAAGAUCACCAGCAGUACAAGAAAGACCAGAACCUGUUGUCUCCAGUGAACUGCUGGUAUUUACUCCUGAACCAAGUAAGAAGAGAAAGCAAGGACCAUGCAACAUUAAGUGAUAUCUAUCUGAACAAUGUCAUCAUGAGGUUUAUGCAGAUAAGCGAGGAUUCUACCAGAAUGUUUAAAAAGAGCAAAGAGAUUGCAUUCCAGCUUCAUGAGGAUUUAAUGAAAGUUCUUAAUGAGCUAUAUACGGUCAUGAAAACAUACCACAUGUAUCAUGCAGAAAGCAUCAGUGCAGAGAGCAAAUUAAAAGAAGCAGAAAAACAGGAAGAAAAACAAAUUGGACGGUCCGGGGACCCAGUCUUUCACAUCCGACUAGAAGAGAGACAUCAGAGGAGGAGUUCUGUGAAGAAGAUUGAGAAAAUGAAAGAGAAGCGACAGGCAAAGUAUUCAGAGAAUAAAUUAAAAUCCAUCAAAGCACGAAAUGAAUAUCUCCUAACCCUAGAAGCAACAAAUGCCUCCGUGUUCAAGUAUUAUAUCCAUGACCUCUCGGAUUUAAUUGAUUGCUGUGAUCUUGGAUACCACGCCAGUCUGAACAGAGCCCUAAGAACAUAUCUCUCUGCAGAGUAUAACCUUGAAACCUCCAGACAUGAAGGCCUGGAUAUUAUUGAGAAUGCAGUUGAUAAUUUAGAGCCCCGGAGUGAUAAGCAGAGAUUCAUGGAGAUGUACCCUGCCGCCUUCUGCCCGCCAAUGAAAUUUGAGUUUCAGUCUCACAUGGGUGAUGAGGUCUGUCAGGUCAGCGCCCAGCAGCCAGUGCAAGCAGAGCUCAUGCUCAGGUAUCAGCAGCUGCAGUCACGACGCACGCUCAAAAUCGAGAAUGAGGAGGUUAAGAAAACAACCGAAGCCACCUUACAAACAAUACAAGACAUGGUCACCAUUGAGGAUUAUGAUGUCUCAGAAUGCUUCCAGCAUAGUCGGUCCACGGAGUCUGUAAAGUCCACCGUCUCAGAAACAUACUUGAGUAAACCCAGCAUUGCUAAAAGAAGAGCCAACCAGCAGGAAACUGAACAGUUCUACUUCAUGAAAUUCAGAGAAUACCUGGAAGGCAGUAAUCUCAUUACAAAGCUUCAAGCCAAACAUGAUUUGCUGCAAAGGACACUGGGAGAAGGUCACAGAGCUGAAUAUAUGACCACAAGGCCUCCAAAUGUUCCCCCUAAGCCCCAGAAACACAGGAAGCCCAGACCCCGAUCACAGUAUAAUGCUAAGUUGUUUAAUGGGGAUUUGGAAACAUUCAUCAAGGAUUCAGGGCAAGUCAUCCCCCUCAUUGUGGAAAGCUGCAUCAGGUUUAUCAAUCUGUAUGGUCUUCAGCAUCAGGGGAUUUUCAGAGUGUCUGGCUCCCAGGUGGAAGUCAAUGACAUUAAAAAUUCAUUUGAGAGAGGUGAAAAUCCUUUGGCUGACGACCAAAGUAACCAUGACAUUAACUCAGUUGCAGGAGUUCUGAAACUCUUUUUCCGCGGGCUGGAAAACCCCCUCUUUCCUAAGGAAAGAUUUAAUGAUCUUAUUUCUUGUGUCAGAAUAGAUAAUCUCUAUGAGAGGGCUCUUCACAUCCAUAAACUCCUCCUUACCUUGCCGAGAUCAGUCCUUAUUGUGAUGAGGUACCUUUUUGCUUUCCUCAACCACCUCUCACAGUACAGCGAUGAGAACAUGAUGGACCCCUAUAACCUGGCCAUUUGUUUUGGGCCAACACUAAUGCCUGUUCCAGAAAUACAGGACCAGGUGUCUUGCCAGGCUCACGUGAAUGAAAUCAUCAAAACUAUCAUCAUCCACCAUGAGAUCAUUUUCCCAGAUGCUAAAGAACUAGAUGGCCCAGUUUAUGAGAAGUGCAUGGCUGGAGGCGACUACUGUGACAGCCCAUAUAGUGAGCAUGGUACUUUGGAAGAAGUUGAUCAGGAUGCUGGUACAGAGCCCCACACCAGUGAAGAUGAAUGUGAACCCAUUGAAGCAAUAGCCAAAUUUGACUAUGUUGGGAGGUCUGCUCGAGAACUGUCCUUCAAGAAGGGAGCUUCACUGCUUUUGUAUCACCGAGCAUCCGAGGACUGGUGGGAAGGACGGCACAAUGGAAUUGAUGGCCUAGUACCUCACCAGUACAUUGUGGUACAGGAUAUGGAUGAUACCUUUUCUGAUACACUGAGCCAAAAAGCAGACAGUGAAGCCAGCAGUGGGCCUGUUACAGAAGAUAAGUCUUCAUCCAAGGACAUGAACUCCCCAACUGACCGUCAUCCUGAUGGAUAUUUAGCGAGACAAAGAAAAAGGGCUGAACCACCCCUUCCUUCAAGGCGUCCUGGCAGGACCAGUGAUGGCCACUGCCCUAUCCACCCACCACAUUCACUUUCCAACUCCUCGGUUGACCUUGGGUCCCCUAGCCUGUCCAGUCACUGCAGCCCUCGAGCCCUGCUGCAGAACCGCAGCCUCAAUGAUAGCCCCGAGAGGAGGCGCAGGCCCGGCCACGGCAGCUUGACAAACAUUAGUAGGCAUGAUUCUCUAAAGAAGAUCGACAGUCCGCCCAUUCGGAGAUCAACAUCAUCGGGCCAGUAUACAGGCUUCAAUGACCACAAGCCUCUGGACCCAGAGACGAUUGCUCAGGAUAUUGAGGAGACAAUGAACACAGCUUUGAAUGAACUCCGAGAGCUGGAAAGGCAGAGUACAGCAAAGCAUGCCCCCGACGUGGUGCUGGAUACCUUGGAACAAAUGAAAAACUCCCCCACACCUGCCUCAUCCACUGAAUCCCUCAGCCCACUCCAUAACGUGAUGCUCAGGAGCACCGAGCCUCAAAUCCGACGUAGCACGAGCUCUUCCAGUGACACAAUGAGUACUUUCAAGCCCAUGGUGGCACCCAGGAUGGGAGUGCAGCUGAAGCCCCCAGCUCUUAGGCCAAAACCCAUUGUUCUUCCAAAAACAAAUCCAACCAUAGGACCCACACCUCCUGCGCAGGGUCCAACAGACAAAUCGUGUACCAUGUAAAAAAAAAAAACCACACAGAUGACCCAGAAGGUAGAAAAAAAAAAGUGGUUGAAAAAAGGAAUGGAUUGGGGGGGGAGGGAUUCAAGGCUUCUUGUCUUCAUGAGUUUUGUGCUUAUAACUGGAGAUACUGGCUUUUCUGUCUUUUUGAAUGUAACGUCUGAGACUUGCUACGUAUGUUAACACAGGCAUUUGUAUUUUGUAUUUUUUUCCUUUUUAAAAAAGCUGGACAUUUCUACAUGUUUUAAAGACAAUAGAAACACACUAGAUUUACUUGAAAAUUCAAUGCUGCACCACUUGUAAAAAAAAAAGAUCGGAGCACAGCUUUCCCUAUGGUACAGUACGUCUCAGAUUUAGCAUAGCUGAUGUUAAGAAGAGAGUUCCCACGCUAAGAAGAUAGAAUAUUAAGUACCAGACUUUGUGGGGAUUUUAGCCCAUGCCAGCCUGCCAAAGCUGGGAUGGUGGCUGAAAUCUGACGACCAUAGUGGUUAGAGACUAUUCAGUGAUUGUGUCUGAUCUCAAACGCAGAAGCAUACACUCCAUAAUCAGGCUUGUCGCUGAAGCAGGUACUUCCCCUGGAUCAGCCCAGGCUUGGGUGGGACUAGUGGCUAAAUUAUUUCCCCACUUCCUUAAGAGUGGCUUACCCAAAGUCUGGAAGCAUGUUGCAAUGGAAAUCUCAUUAAAUCCGCAUUUGGAGGGCCUCAUCUGAAGCACAGCUCUGCUGCUUAUUACCUGUAUGACCUUGAGCAAGUUACUUAACAAGCCCUGGGCCUCAGUUUCCUCAUCUACAAAAUGGGAUUGGAACAGAUGACUGCCAAGGUCCUGUCUGGCUCUAAAUCUAGGAUGCUAUAAGCCCAGGACUUAUUAUCUAUGGGAAACCUACACAGUUAUUACUUGAGCUUAACUAGGGGGAGGAGAAAGAAGGCAAGUUUCUAAAGCUAUCAAUAUUAUUCCUUUCAUGAGUAUGAACAGAAUCUUAGUGCCUAAGGUCAUCUAAUUUAUCCCCUUCCCUCAGGUAAGAGACUGCACUAUACAGAUGAGAAUCCUGUUAUUAAAGACCUCCAGAUGUUCAUACUAGCACUUCUCUCUUGCUAAUCUAUUUUUAAGUAUUUGUCAUUAAACUCUUUUAUUAUAUAUAACCCAGAUCUUUGCACUGACCUUAAUGGAAUGGAGAACAAGCUCUGUGAACCCUGUAUCAUACCCUUUAGACUUUUCUUCUGCAAGCUAAAAAAAACCUAGUUUUUUUUAGUUUCCCCAAAGAUCUGGUUUUACAAACUUUUAAUCAUUGCUUUUUGGAGGCAAUCAGGGUUAAGUGACUUCCCCUGUAUCACACAGCUAGUAAGUAUCUGAGGUCGGAUUUGAA